GCUCCAGCUUCUUCAACAAGCGCUCGACAGACGACUAUCAGGCCCACGACGCGAGACAUGCCGAAUCCAAAUAUGCUUCCAUUCCCCGUAUAAGAGAGUCAUCACCAUGAGGGCAAGCCUGGCCCGCCAUGGUCGACGGCUCCUCGUCUUCCGCGCGAUUGCGCCGUCCUGCGCCGCCUUCGCAGCCCCAGCCCGCCGAAGAACAAUCACGCGGCCGAUAGCCCGACGGACGUUCGAGCGGACCUUCUUCAACGCCUUGUUCCAAAAACCGCCGCGCGAGGUGCGGCAACCCGAGUACGAGCCGGGAUGGAUGCACAUUAUGGUCUGGAGGAGUCGCAUGCUCGACAACCUGCGCCCGCCGCCUCGCAGAGAGCUGAUUGACGCAUGGAAGAAGCUCAUGCAGUCGAAGCUCAAAAGGAGGAUUCCUCUGAACAGCACCCAAGCCCUGCAGUGCCGCCGCUUGCUAGAAUACCUCACCGAGCCCGCGAAUCCCGACCAGCAGACCAAACCUUUGUCUUCGUCCGAUCUCUCCAUGGCGCGUCAGGUGCUGCUUGAUAUUGAGCCUCAAGAAAGGAGCAAGAACCAUGCCGAUUUGGCAAGGGCCUUGCAUUCUGUGUGGGUCGCUGGCAGCUUCAUAGGCAAACCUCGCGCCCCAGAGGUGCAAUGGAGCUACCUCGCCCAAUCCCUUUCCCGCUAUGGCGAGGCCCAAGAAGCCGCGCGGCUGAUCUACUCAAAAUGGGACGAGCCCGGGUAUCAAGAUUACCUGCUCAAAGACGGCAAGCUCAUCGAGGCUGUAGCCUACGGGUUGGCAAGGGAAGGCAGGGAACAGGAACUGCUUGAACUGAUCGAGUAUGCCGAGAAGCAUGGUCUAGCUUACAACGCGGGCCUGCAGGCUAUCAUGGUCACAUUCUACGCCGACCAAGACCGGAUACCCGAGACGAAGCAAUGGCUUGCCAAACCAAUCGCCCAGAGUCAAAGUCGGGUAGAAGUAUAUCAGUCUGUUGCCUCGUUUGCCAAGCGCAACGGGCUGCAAGAUUGGGCGAUGCCGAUAUUUCUUGAACUGGGGCAGUCGCUGCCGAAGAAAAAAUAUUGGGACGUGCUCCUCCAGGCAAUCCUGCUCGUCGGCAGGGGCCUUCAAGAGGUGGAGGCAAUGAUGGCGCACAUGGUAGAUCGCAACGGAAAGCUGUCACCGGACAUCGGGACGCUCAACGGCCUCCUGAGAAUUGCGGUCGAAGCCGAGGAUGCGACGUUGGCUGAUGAGAUACUGGCACUGGGCGCUGAAAAGGGGGUCGCCCCCAACGGAGAGACGUAUCUCAUCAUGCUCCGGAUGAGGCUUGCCGCAGACAACCUGUCCGGAGCACGGGCUGCGCAUGAACAAGUUCGCCAUUUGGAGCCUUGGACCAACGAUUCGAAGCCGGAGCUCUUUGACGAAUACCGGGAACUCGUCAACAAGUUCCUCACCCUGCUCGCGCGUCAAUCCUCGCCAGACUUCAAGCUCAUACUUUCCCUACUGGACGGAGUUGAGGAGGUGCAGGUCCUUCUGGACCCGGAGACAGUAGCCACACUCUGCGUGCGGUUUCUUGAAAAUGAUCAGCACUUUGAUGCCAUGGACCUCCUCGCAGUACACUCGUUUUUGUACAGCGAAGCUCAGCGAGAGGUAGUCCAGAACGCCUUCAUAUCGUUCUGCCUCGACUCGGGAACCAGCACGUCUCGGGCCUGGAGUGGAUAUCAGAUCCUUCAGCAGUUCUUCCAAGACACGAGCUUCGAGCGCCGCACAAAGCUUAUGGAAGCCUUCUUCGAGCGCAAACGCCCCGACAUGGCGUCCCAUGUGUUUGGCCACAUGCGCCAACAUCGAAACAAAGACUACCACCCGAGGCUUGAGACGUACAUCACGUGUCUGGAGGGGUUCGCGCGGUACCCUGACGCCGAGGGCCUGGCCAUGGUGCACAACAUGCUUAAGAUGGACACCACGGUGCAGCCAAACACAAAGCUCUACACUGCCAUGAUGCUGGCGUACACGGCAAGCGACCAGCCGCUGACGGCCCUGGACUUUUGGAACGAAGUCACGCAGUCCCUCGAAGGUCCAUCGUAUGCCACCCUCGAAGCCGUCUUCUGGACACUGGAGAAGAAGCCCGGCGGAGACAGGAAGGCUCGCGAGAUUUGGGAGCGGAUAGAGAGAAUGGACCUGGAGGUGCCGCCGGCGGUGUACAACGCGUAUAUCGGCGCCGUGGCGGGGAGCGGUAACGAAAAGGAGGUGCGCGGCCUCAUCAUGAAAAUGGCGUCCUUUGUCGGGACCGAACCGGACGCAAUGACGCUGGCCGUGGCACACAACGCACUCCCCGGACAGGAGCUUCAGAGCAACUUUCGGGAGUGGGCUCAAAAAAAGUACCGCAACGCGUGGGCGGAUCUGGAUAAAUAUGGCCGGCGGUCGAACGAGUUCUCGCUGUGUCAGAUUAAGAUCAAUCGGGUCAUGAAGGCCUGACGUGUACAAGAGGGACUUGAUGUCUGUUUGUAUCUAUACAUGAAAGGGCUAUUGUACAUAUAUGGAGACACGGGCCACGCCAAUGGCAAGAUCUUGGACGUCGGGGCUAUUUGUCCCUGUUCGGCAC